AAUCUGGCCAUUCUGUCAUGUAUUGACCUGGGCCUAUCUACAUCCAUCAUCCCUAAGAUGCUUGGCAUCUUCUGGUUCAGCCUGAGAGAGAUCACUUUUGUCAGUUGUCUCAUCCAGAUGUUCUCUAUCCACUUGUGCACUGGCAUGGGGUCUAUUGUGCUCGUGGCCAUGGCCUAUGACCACUAUGUGGGCGUCUGUGAUCCUCUUCGCUACACAUUGGUGUUGACAAACAAGGUGGUAUCAGUUACAGCAUUGAUUAUCCUUCUGAGGCCCUUAACCAUCGCAAUCCCCUUUGUUCUACUCAUCCUAAGACUGCCCUUCUGUGGACACCAAGUCAUCCCCCAUACCUACUGUGAACACAUGGGUAUUGCCCGACUGUCCUGUGCCAGUAUAAGGGUCAACAUCAUCUAUGGUUUAUGUGCCAUAACUAUCCUGGUGUUUGACAUCAUAGCCAUUAUCCUCUCCUAUACCCAGAUCCUCCAUGCUGUCUUCCACCUACCUUCCAGGGAUGCCCGACUGAAGGCACUCAGCACCUGUGGCUCCCAUGUCUGUGUCAUCUUGGCCUUCUAUACACCAGCAUUUUCUUUCAUGACCCACCAGUUUGGCCAAAAUGUUCCUCAAUACAUCCAUAUUCUUCUUUUCAACUUUUAUGUAGUCAUACCACCUGCUCUCAAUCCUGUUAUUUAUGGAGUGAGAACUAAGCAGAUAAGAGAGACGGUAAUUAGAAUUUUCAAAAAUAAAUGA